AAUUGUUUUGCUGUAUUAAUAGUGGUAACUUGGCAAACACCAGUUAUUCUCCUUAACUACCUAGAAAUACUAGAUAAUUUUACACAGCUAACGUUAAGGUGACUAAGUGAUUUUUAAAGUUAUUGCUACGAGGUGUUGGAGAAUAACGAAAUGUUUUUUGGAUAUCUUUCGGCCAGCUCGUCCACCCUACAGUAGAUGUGACGUUCGCUAGCUAGUUGACGUUAGUUAUUCAUAUUUGGUAACUUACACAGAUACAUUCAGUUUGCUGGCUUCCAAAAAACUGUACGUAUGAUACGCCUUUAACUAAAGAUUGUUUGGUAACUUCGACCGGUUAGCUAACGUUGGCCAGUUCAUGUAGCUAAGUAAGUACACACUCAGGAUAUUAAAAUCAACGACAACGUCAGCAGUCGUUGAUCAUUUUCAAUACUGGAUAUUACAAGUCACUGUUGGUUUUGUGUUGCUGUUAUCCCUUUAUUGGAUUCUCUUUUAGUUUACACCAACCCUUUUGCUGUCCUCACAGCCAUGAGCAGUGAGCUGAACGUGCCAAUGGGCUCACCAGCCAUCGGGGGCUCGGAGCGACUACAGGACGGAGGGGGGAUGGACUACAGGGACUGGGUACGCCGGAGCUACCUAGAGCUGGUCACCUCUAACCACCACUCCGUUCAGGCGCUGUCGUGGAGGAAGCUCUACCUGAGCCGCGCCAAGCUCAAGGCUUCCAGUCGUACCUCGGCCUUGCUCUCGGGGUUUGCCAUGGUAGCCAUGGUGGAGGUCCAGCUGGAGAUGCAGUACAACUAUCCCCGCUUCCUGCUGAUCGCCUUCAGCGUGUGCACCACGGUCCUGGUGGCGGUGCACCUCUUCGCCCUGCUCAUCAGCACCUGCAUCCUGCCCAACGUGGAGGCGGUCAGCAACAUCCACAACCUCAACUCGGUGAGCGAGUCGCCCCACGAGCGCAUGCACCACUACAUCGAGCUGGCCUGGGGCUUCUCCACCGCCCUGGGCAUCCUGCUCUUCCUGGCCGAGGUGGUGCUGCUCUGCUGGAUCAAGUUCCUGCCCGUCGACUCCGGGGCCGUCCGCCCCAACUGCACCGCGGCCAACCCCACCCAGCCCGGGCACAGCGGCUGGCAGGCGGCCCUGGCCUCCACCAUCAUCAUGGUGCCCGUGGGCUUGAUCUUCGUGAUCUUCACCAUCCACUUCUACCGCUCGCUGGUCCGCCACAAGACGGAGCGCCACCACCAGGAGAUCGAGGAACUGCAUAAGCUCAAGGUGCAGCUGGACGGCCAUGACCGCGGCAUUCAAGCUGUUUGAACGUCCCCCCCCCACCCCACCCCAUUCUUGCCUUUCCUCUAGUUUUUGGGCCUGUACCGGCUUGCCUCCCACAGCACCAUGUUAACCCGGGACACCUUCAAAAACCCAUUUCAGCUCUAAUAAUAAAUUAAUAAAUGUUGCUUGGUGACUUCCUCUGUGUUUUGGAGGUUUGAGUAAGUCUCAGGCCCUGACUCGCGGGCUCAGUGUCCUACUGUUUGUGUGUACUUAGGCUAGAAUACGGUCCCUAUAUGUGAGAUGUGCUACUCUUGUGUCUGGUGUACGUGCUGUGUUUGGAAACAGAUUAACUUUAUAAGACAAGAGAGUUUACAGGUAACCCUAAGGGCUAAUUUGUUUUCAGUUUAAUUUACUUUCGUAUAUUUUUUUUUUUACUAUUUUUUUAUUAUUUCUAUGGUGGCAACUUUCACAUUCUGCACGUAAAUUAAAAUGUGGGUUUAAGAGUUUAAGGGGUGGAGCGCAACUGAAUUCCAAAUCAGAAAGUCUACCUUUAAUUUCUUGUCAGUUGUGUGGUGUUGCAGAUAGGACAGGAAACCACCAUGCAAGCUGUGUGCAUUGAUGCUCUAGUUUAGGAUGAUCGCUCAGUUGGUGCUACUGUCCAACGACUUGCACCCAGUUUGCAAGACAGAGAGGAACAUGCUAACAAGGUCCAGUCAGGAACCAAAACAAAAAAAGUGACCAGAUCAUCUCUGGUGAGAUAUGAGUAGUGGCUUAUAUUUAAGAGAACAUAUAAAUAAUUUAAGAAUAAGUUAUUAAAGGUCAAGGAAGAAGUGUAACGGUGAGCCUUGAAUAUACCUAUAAUGUCUUGCAGAAAGGAAAAGGUUCUUCAGUGGCAGUUUUCACACUUCACAUACACAGGUCUAAUGAAUUAAAUGCUUGUUAUUAAAAACAUUUCUUUGUAAAUUGGGUUCACUGCAGAAAUUGCAGAGGUUGGCAGAAGCCAGGGUAGAAGCUCCAUUUUACGAUACUGUCUUACAGGAAGAUGUGUUCUUGGUACCUCAUUAUCUCAGUAUCGAACACGGACAUGCUUAAACAAAAAAAGAAAAAAGAAAUGUAUCUAUAUAGGUCAGUUUUGGUCAAGCUCUUAGGAACCUGAUGUGUUUGAUGAACUCAUGGCUUAAUAUUUUGUGACAUGUAGCUUUACGAGCAGGAAAUAAAUGGCGGGGAAUAGUGACAAGUGUUACAACUGUUGCCAUUAUUUUAUUUUGUGGCUGUGUCUGUAAACAAAGGAAAGACAUUCCAGUAUGUUACCUGUUAGCAAGGGUGUAAUUUUAGGGGAUGGAGGGGGGAUAAGGGGGUCACAACCCUCAAAAUAUUAUAAAACAGGCCAGAUAACCCCCAAUAAUAUAGCAUGAUGAGAAAAAUGAUUAAAUACAAUAAAGCAACAGGAAGACAUAUUCAGUUUCCCGUUAGAAUUCGGGGGGGGGGGGGAGCGCAUUCCCCCAGACCCCCCUACAGGUUUGCAGUUCUCGGGGUCUAUGCAUUUCAACCCAAUAUUCUAACUAAAGUUACACCCUUGCCUGCUAGACCAAAACACAUCUGCUUUAUUUCUCUGAGACGAGAGGAUGCUGAAGUGCACUUGUAGUCUAGUUCAAUAUGAAAAUUAGUGGGCCAUUCCAUUGAACCACAGAGUGGCCAGGUAUUUAGCAUUUUCGGAGGGUUUACCUUUUUCUUACGUAUAAUCAAACUGAUGUGCUGUGUCAGCUCGGGAUGAACUAUAUCGACUUGUUUCCUUGAAGCUGAUACCCCUAACUGCUUUCUGCUCUUGCUCCCUAACGUGUGCCAACGUAACCUGACCAAAAUAACCGCUUAUUUAUUGACUUUGCGUAACCAUGGACGACUUCUCAAGCACUUGACCUUCCAAGUAGAAAAUGUUUACUUGUCCAUUUUUUGUGAACAAGAAUUUUGAUAAUGCUGUACCGUACCACAUAUUUUGAAUAUUGAUACAACGAUGCCAUGUAUGUCCACCCACUGAACUGAUUCUACACAUAACGGUUAUUAAAACAAGUUCUAUGGAA